AUGAACAUCCUCAACACCAUCCUAAACCACCGCGUCUUCACGCCCCGCUACAAACUCCCCAUCCACAUCAUCGAGAUCAUCCUGAUAAUCAUAGCCAUCGGCCUCUCCUCCCUCGUAUUCCUCGCAUACCAACUCUUCACCGACCAUGUCAAACGCCUCCAACGCUGGCGCAGCUACAAGGCCUACACUAUCCUCAAUGGUUUGGAGACGGUGUUCUGGGGCGCGGUCAUGUGUAAGGGAGUUUCCUGCUAUCUUAGUUUGGUUGUGGUUGGGAUUGCUGUGGUUUUGAAUCAGAUGUACGUCUACAUGUUCCUCGUAGCGUUCAAAGACUUCAGAGACCGCAAACAACGAGGGGAGUUCGAGAAGAUGGGGAGUGCGGGUGAGAGGGAUCUGCCGAUGUAUCAGACACAGCAGCAAAGGGAUAUGAGUCAGGAGUCGAUUGUGAAGCCGGCUUAUGCGCAUCAGGAGCGAGGGCGAACGGAGUCUGGUGAGAGUGGAUAUGGACGGACGGCGUCUAGGUAUUGA